AUGAAGCAUCCGUUCCAGAAGGUGCUGCUCAACGAAAAGGGCGAUCUGCUGUUCGCCGGCGCCGGCCAGAAACUGUUUGUUUUCCAGCGCCGCGGAAACUGGGAAUUGGCCGACUCCUGGGUCGACAGUGUCGACCCCAACUACGCCCUGAUCAAGGAGUACGAGGCACGCAGCAGGAAGUUCGAGCAGGAGAGCGCUGCCGGUGACUGCAAGCCGCCAAAGGUGCCGACGCCGGGGCCUGGAGCGCCGCCAAAGCUCUGCUACAUCAGAGACAUCCGUCUCAGCAGAAGCGAGAAAUAUCUCAUCCUCACUACAGACACAGACAAGGCGGUGGUGGUAUUCGAGCUGAACGGCGGAGGGUCGUUGAGAGAGAUCAAACGGCAGCCUCUGCCAAAGAGACCGUGUGCCGUGUCGACGUCGCUCGACGACUCGACGGUCGUCGUCGGAGACAAGUUCGGAGACGUCUACUGUAUUGACAUGCUAUCGUCGGAGGUCAAGGAUGAAAAAGACAUGGUGCCGGUGCUGGCACAUCAGGCUGAGCCGGUUCCCGCAGAGUUACAUCAUCGAGAAAUGGCUCUUCGAGCACGAAGAGUUUGUGGCGUCGAUCGUCGCGCCGCGGUGGUGCCGCGACAAGGUGCUGGUGAGCGGCGGCGGCGAUCCGUUCCUGUGCUCGUGGCGGUGGCAGGAGGGCGUGCUUGCCGACAAGCUCGAUCUCUCUGCUGCGGUCGAGCCGUAUCUCACGGAGGAGCACCUGGUGCCGUCGCGGUUCCAGAACGACGCCGGCGACCUGAAGGAGUUCACGGUGUCGCAGCUGCUGGAGCUGCCGUCGCAGAACAGGCUGGUGGUGCUAUUUGA